GCUAAGAGCAAUUGCUUGCUAGCAGCUAGCAUCACUAGCCGAAAGCGUUAGUGUUCAACGCCACAUCGAAGAAAUAAACAUUAAAUAUAUUAUUAUUUAGGUGUUUUGUGUUUUACAGUAAAAAUCUGGACACAGAUAGUUGUAGCUUAGUUUAACUUUCGGCGAUGUGAUUUAUUAGCAAUAUGUUAUGUAGUUAGUAGCUGACGAGAAGCUGUAACCGUUUAAUAUUUACACAUCUGUAUGUUAUAUAUUUUAUAUAUUAUUUUGGUGGAGAAUUGAUCGUUUUUUAUUGACAGCGAUAAAAAUGAUCUUGUCCAGAGUGAAGCCGGCGCUUUCCGGUGAAAACUCCCUGAGCUCCAGUGAGAAGAAAAGAAAGAAUAAGAGCAAAAAGAUUCCUCGGGUAGAAGAUUUCCUGAACCAGAGAGAUUACCUGGGAGCCAUUACGCUGCUGGAGUUCCAGAGAAAUGGUGGAACAGCUGAGGAGAACACAGACCUCUGGAUUGGCUAUUGUGCCUUCCAUUUAGGAGAUCACAAGAGAGCGAUGGAGGAGUAUAAAACCCUGACCCUGAGCCCUGACUGUCCCCCUGAUGUCUGGGUGUUUCUGGGCUGUACUCUGUUUUUCCUCGGCUUGUAUAAAGAAGCAGAAGACGCUGCACUCACAGGAGCGAAGAGUCAGCUACAGAACCGACUUCUUUUUCACUUAGCACACAAGUUUGGUGAUGAGAAAAAGUUGAUGGGAUUCCACCAGAACCUGGAGGAUGUAACAGAAGACCAGCUGAGCCUCGCCUCUAUCCACUACAUGAGAUCACACUACCAGGAGGCUAUCGACAUCUAUAAACGCAUAUUACUGCAGAACAGGGAGUUCCUGGCUCUGAAUGUGUACGUAGCUCUGUGUUACUAUAAACUGGAUUAUUACGACGUUUCUCAGGAGGUUCUGGCAGUUUAUCUCCAGAGUGUUCCAGAUUCCACCAUCGCCCUCAACCUCAAAGCUUGUAAUCACUUCAGACUGUAUAAUGGCAAAGCUGCCGAGGCUGAGCUGAAGAACCUGAUGGACAUCUCCUCAAGCUCGUUUGAGUUUGCUAAAGAGCUGAUCCGACACAACCUAGUGGUGUUCCGUGGAGGUGAAGGAGCUCUGCAGGUUCUCCCUCCUCUCAUCGAUGUCAUCACUGAGGCCCGACUCAACCUCGUCAUCUACUACCUCAGACAGGAUGAUGUUCAGGAAGCGUAUAAUCUGAUUAAAGACCUGGAGCCUACGACCCCACAGGAGUACAUCCUUAAAGGUGUGGUGAAUGCAGCGCUCGGACAGGAAAUUGGAUCUAGGGACCAUUUAAAGAUUGCACAGCAGUUUUUCCAGCUGGUCGGAGGUUCAGCGAGUGAAUGCGACACUAUCCCAGGUCGACAGUGUAUGGCUUCCUGCUUCUUUCUGCUGAAACAGUUUGAGGAUGUGCUGAUCUAUCUUAACUCUGUAAAGAGUUAUUUCUACACUGACGACACAUUUAACUUCAACUAUGCUCAGGCCAAAGCUGCUUUAGGGAACUACAAAGAGGCUGAGGAGAUGUUCCUGCUCAUCCAGAGUGAGAAGAUCAGGAAUGAUUAUGUGUACCUGAGCUGGCUCGCACGCUGCUACAUUAUGAAUCAGAAAGCCCGGCUGGCCUGGGAGCUCUACCUCAAAAUGGAGACUUCAGCAGAUUCCUUCAGCCUCCUGCAGCUCAUCGCUAAUGACUGCUACAAGAUGGGACAGUUCUACUAUGCAGCAAAGGCAUUUGACGUUCUGGAGCGUCUGGAUCCGAAUCCGGAAUAUUGGGAGGGAAAGCGUGGAGCCUGUGUGGGAAUCUUCCAGCUGAUCCUGGCAGGAAGACAACCGAGAGAGAGCUUGAAAGAGGUUUUGCCAAUGUUACGCAGCACAGGGAAUCCACAGGUUGAGUACAUCAUCCGUAUCAUGAAGAAAUGGGCCAAAGACAAUCGAGUUUCUCUGUGACGCAUCGUUUAUCAUGUACAACAUGACUGUGUGCAGCAUAAACUAAUUAUUAUCUUUAUUUCACAGCAUUUAAACUCAUGUAUGUCGUGUUAGACUCUUCAUUUUUAUUAUAAUACCUCAUUAUGUCACAAAUGUUCCUAAUAAAAAUUCUUUAUAAUUUUGUAUCAAA